AUGUCAACACCACCGGACGCCUCCACACGAGUGGCCUGCACAGGAGCCACGCUCCAAGCCACUCAACUCGAUGGAGUCUGGGAAGUGCUGGUGUUCCUUCCCACCCCCGAUAUGAUCGGUUGUCCGGGUGGCUGCGGGAGACAAUACGCGGCCAAGCAGUCGGACGGCAAAUUUGGCCAGCAGUCCGUCACCCGUCACCUUCUGGGCAACCACGGGGCCACAAAAGUGCAUUGGCGCUACGCGUGUAGGCACUGCAACCUCCACUUUCCGCAGACCCGGAUGGCGCUUCGACUGGCUAACGCCCAUGUCAAGCGCUGCCGGCCAGCGGACGGCCUGGUCGAGCCGGAGAAUCUUCUUCCCUCCGACACUCAGCCCAUCCCUUCAACACUUUCCCCCACUUCUUCGCGAUCCGGCGCACCUUUUUGCGCCGAAUCCUCUUCCUUCACGGGACGUCAGCUCAAAGUGCCGUCGGUAACUUGA